AUGGAAAGCAUUCCUUAUGCAUUUGAUGUUGGCAGUUUAAUGUAUGCACAGGUUUGUUUAAGACCUGACAUUGCAUAUGCAGUAGGAAUGUUAGGAAGAUAUCAAAGUAAUCCGGGAAUGGAACACUGGAAGGCUGCAAAAAAGGUUAUGAGAUAUUUACAAGGAACCAAGAAUCAUAUGCUGACUUAUAAGAAUGUAGAUUAUCUAGAAGUGAUUGGAUAUUCGGACUCAGACUUUGCGGGUUGUAAAGACUCUAGAAAGUCCACUUCAAAAUAUGUCUUUAUGUUGGGAGGAGGUACUAUAUCAUGGAAGAGCACCAAACAGACGAUAAUUGCAUCCUCUACUAUGGAGGCAGAGUUCAUAGCAUGCUUUGAAGCAACUUCAUAG